CACAAAAUAAUUACAAUCUAAGUUAACAUUAAAUAUCAAAAUGUUGACAUUAUUGUCCUAUAUCGAUACAAUACAACUAUAUAUAAUGCAAUUUGAUGUAUUGUACAAAUUCAAAUCUUAAAUAUUAAAAACAAACUAUAUCAUUGAUGAAAGUCCCUUUUCAUACCAAAAUGGCUACUACUUCUAGUCCAAAACUAAUCAUACAAGCAUGUCUAAUCAUUGUCGUUUUUCAAUCAACUAUUCCAAUUUCAAUGUCGUUUUCUUUCCCAACUAGUUCAUAUUCACAUAUGCCACGUCAUCAUCCUUAUCCUUACCCAUCAGUACCAUCCUCUCCGUCUACACUUCCCAACCCAAUAUCUCCGGCUCCGGCGGAUACACUCCCACAGCCGGAAUAUUCUCCCGCACCAGCUCCCGAGUCAUUUCCAUUUCCAGACUUUUCACCUGGACCAGCUCCGGGGUCAUUUUUGCCAGAAUUUUCACCGGGACCAGCUCCGGUGUCAUAUUUGCCAGAAUUAUCACCCGAACCAGCUCCGGAGUCAUUUCCAUUGCCAGAAUUUUCACCGGGACCAGCUCCGGAGUCAUUCCCUUCGGAACCCAUUUCUCCAGCAGAGCCACCAAUUCAAGUCGGAUCCCCUGUUCCGGGACCGGAUUAUCUCCCACCACCUCAUAAACCACGCGUUUCCCACCCUAUUCAUCGACCACGGAGAGGAAUUAGAGCAGCUUAUUGGCCUUCAUUCGGGUCAUUUCCAGCAUCCGCCGUCGACACCACCUACUUCAGCCAUAUCUACUACGCUUUCCUCUUACCCGACCCGAAAACAUAUAAGCUAAAAAUCACGUCUUUAGACAUGACACAGAUACCAAAAUUUAUCAAAUCUCUCCAAAACAAAUAUCCACCUGUGAAAACUCUCCUUUCAAUCGGAGGUGGUGGGAAUGACCCAAAAGUGUUCUCAGAAAUGGCUAGCAGUAGAAGAACCCGAAAAACAUUCAUCAAGUCCACCAUUAAAGUAGCUCGGAGAUACGGCUUCGACGGUAUUGAUCUGGAUUGGGAAUUCCCAGCUAACGAUGAGGAUAUGGAGAAUUUAGCUUUGUUAUACAAAGAAUGGCGAAGAGCUUUGAUUUUAGACUCCAUAACUGGUAGUGGUAGGAAUAGGAAUAAGGCAAGGCUUCUUUUAACCUCUGCUGUAUAUUUCUCUUCGAGAUUUCUGUUCGAUAAUUUAAGAUCGUACCCGGUUAAAGUAAUGGGUCAAACUCUUGAUUGGGUCAACCCGAUGUGUUUUGACUAUCACGGGUCAUGGGAAAACUUUACCGGGUUACAUUCUUCUUUAAAUGACAGGAAUAGUAAUAUCAGUACAACAUUCGGAAUCGGGUCGUGGAUCAACUCGGGUAUGUCGGCCCAUAAGAUCGUAAUGGGCUUACCAUUGUAUGGGAGGACUUGGAAGCUAGAAAACCCGGACGAGAAUGGAGUCGGGGCUCCGACUAUUGGAGUUGGGCCAGGAGAUGGUGUUUUGGUGUAUUCUCAAAUAGUUGAGUUUAACAAGAGGAACAAGGUUGUUCCUGUGUUAGAUGAGGAAGCGGCGUCGUUUUACUCUUACAGUGGAGAUUCAUGGAUUGGAUAUGAGGAUGUACUUUCUAUUAGAAUCAAGGUCCGUUUCGCAAGAUCUUUGGGCUUGGGUGGAUAUUUCUUUUGGGCCUUGGGCCAGGAUAAGGACUGGACCAUUUCUAGUCAAGCUUCAAAUACUUGGAACAGAGGGUGAUUAUCCCAAGGAAAUUUAUAUUAUGCUAAAUUAUAUGCACUAAAAUGGUAGUUGCAUUAAUUAAUAAGGAAGAAAUUUCAUGUACUGUGAUUCAAAAUUUCAUAUGUAAGCCUAAAGCCAACCCAUCAUAUCCAAUAUUCAUAUGUUAUUCUUAAUAUAUAUAAAUAUCAUAUUUUAUUGUAAUGAAAUACGGAUACUCUAAACAAAAGAGGAGAUUAACUUCAAUCUUUUGUGUAUUCUCUUUAAUUAAUUACUUUGUAUAAGUAAUAGAGUUACGCUAUUCAAGGUCAAUUAAAAUAUCAAAAGCUUC